AUGGACACUCUAAACCAAACAACAGUGACUGAAUUUGUCUUCCUGGGACUCACUGAUAACUGGGUGCUAGAGAAACUGUUUUUCAUGUCAUUCUCAAUCACUUACCUGCUAACACUUUUGGGGAACAUCCUCAUCAUUGUUACCAUAUUGCUUACUCCGCGUCUCCACACUCCCAUGUACUUCUUCCUGAGCAAUCUGUCUUUCAUUGACAUUUGCCACUCAUCGGUCACUGUGCCCAAGAUGCUGGAAGGUUUGCUUUUAGAGAGAAAGACCAUAUCCUUUAACAACUGCAUUGCACAGCUGUUCUUCCUUCAUCUUUUUGCCUGUGCUGAGAUCUUUCUGCUGACCAUUAUGGCAUAUGAUCGUUAUGUAGCCAUCUGCACUCCGUUACACUACCCCAGUGUGAUGACCGUGAGAGUCUGUGUACAGCUGGUGUUUGCUCUCUGGCUCGGGGGCACUGUUCACUCACUAGUGCAGACCUUCUUGACCAUUCGUUUACCCUACUGUGGCCCUAACAUUAUUGACAGCUACUUCUGUGAUGUGCCUCCUGUCAUCAAGCUGGCCUGCACUGAUACAUACCUCACAGGGAUGCUGAUUGUGUCCAAUAGUGGAACCAUCUCCCUUACCUGUUUCUCGGCCUUGGUUGCUUCCUACGCUGUCAUCCUGGUUUCUCUCCGUAAACAGUCAGCUGAAGGGCGCAGGAAAGCUCUGUCUACUUGCUCAGCCCACUUAAUUUUGGUUGCCCUCUUCUUUGGGCCAUGCAUCUUCAUCUAUACACGGCCAGACACCAGCUUCUCUAUUGACAAGAUGGUGUCUGUCUUCUACACAGUGGUCACCCCUUUGCUGAAUCCUCUCAUUUAUACCUUGAGGAAUGAGGAGGUAAAAAGUGCUAUGAAGCAGCUCAGGCAGAGACAAGUUUUUUUCAUAAAAUCAUAUACAUGA